ACUUGCUCUGGAUAAGAGCGUCUGCUAAAUGACUAAAUGUAACUAGAUUUCAGACUCAGUAUUCAGUCAACAAAGAUGUUUUGUGGCUCAAUCGUCUCACUUUGGAAGAAACAUAUGUGGAAUACUUUUAUAUUUUGUUACCUUCUGUCAGGUACCUGGUCACAGAUUAACGUUGUCCAGCAACCGGAUGUGGUUUUAAUCAAACCAUGUGGAAAUGCCAUGUUAAACUGCUUAUUCAACCAUACCCCCGACAUGAAAGUUUCCAACAACCCGAUUCUGUACUGGGAGUUUAUGAGUCAGAAGAAAUCAAGACUGUUGCCCAACCAAGAGCCACAAUACAAAGGCCGUGUGGAUGUUCUGGACAAUGUCGAAAGUUCACCCAACAAGUCUAUUCUCUUUAGGAACAUUCAGUGGGAAGACAGUGGGAAAUACCAAUGCAUGCUUUCAUAUGAGAGGGAUGGAGAAAGUGAAAGGAAGAGGGGAGCAGGAGUUAAACUCUUAGUUUACGAUUCUGCUAUCUUUGAUGUCCUUCCUGGCAGUAAGGACCAGCUCCGGUGUGCCAUAAAUGUCUCUCAGGAUCCAGGAUUGAUUUUGUCAAUGUACCAUAAUGGAGUUCCAAUAGACACAAGAAGAAUUGACACCCUCUUUAGCCCUUUUAUGCAGCUGUCUGUAGACAUCCCCUUGAAGGAGGCUGGUAACUAUGAGUGCAAGCUUAACCUGGCAUCCAAACUGAUACUGAACUGCAGCUACUAUUAUUACCCUGAAGAGAAGAUUUUCCCCGAGCCUUGGAUCCUGUACGUGGCCAUCAUCUCAAUCCCUUUCACUGGGAUUUUGAUCCUGCUCACUGCCUGUGUCUUUAAGUUUAGGAGAGACUACAUUUGUUAGCCAACAUUGAACUUGAACUUACUGAACUUUUAAUUAUAAUGUUUGCAGCAAACUGUUUAGGGCUUUAUUUAGUAAAACUCUGAACUGCAGCUAGUUUCCUUCAACCAAGCAUGUCUGUGGCCAGCAGUUCUCUGGGUACAGGGUGAUCCCAUCUCUUUUACAAAUCUCUCAUGACAACUGAUAUCCAAGAAGUCCUAGAGUUUUAACUAUAUUAAAUCAUUCUCUGUUAGUCUCCCUAUCAAUAAUGUUAUGGAUGUUUGUGACACUGGGUGUGGAAGACAAUAUAAUGUAGGUAGCCGUGACAGGCCUGAGACACAAUCCAGCACAGUAGGUGGCGGUAUAUUCGCCUUAUAGUUGGACGCGAGCCGCCAACCUGAAUCUAAAGAAGAAGACGUAGAAGAAGCUACUUUGUUUGUUGACCUGCUAAAAGUUUGUUUGAUAUUGUUCUGCAGAUAGAAAACCUCUGCCGCACUGCUGGCCCUGACUGACCUGAGUGGCACAGUUUAGCUGUUGGUCUUCCAUAGGGACAACUACCAUGAUCCUGCCCUACUUGGCUCCCCAGUUACUGCUGCUCCGCACAUUGAGCUCCAAGCCUUUGAUCAGCAACAGGCUUCGGGACAACUACCAGGCGCUGCAGCUCCCAGAGGAUGGAGAAAGCAGCCCUGCCCAGGUGAAAGAAGCCUACCUAAGCAUGGCAAAGCUCUACCACCCAGACUCUGGCACUUCCACAGCUGAUGCAGCACUAUUUGCCAGGGUUGAGGAGGCUUACCGUGCAGUUUUGGCGCACAAAAGACAAAUUAAGGCUAGCGGAGCAGAGAACGUCGAGGAGGAGGAGGGCAUGAAAGGUAUGGUUCCUCAGCACCGGCACUAUCUCAGCUAUGAGGGCAUUGGCUUGGGCACACCGAGUCAGCGGGAGAGGCAAUACCAACAGUUCCGUGUUGACAGAGCAGUAGGGCAGGUACUCGACUAUCGCCAGAAGGAACAUGAACGAGCAGCGGCUGAAGAAGGGGAAAUAGUGGUGAGGGAUAAGCGGAGCCGGCAGAUCAAGAUUACCCAGGCAGUUGAGAGGCUGGUAGAGGAUCUGAUCCAGGAGUCCAUGGCCCGUGGAGACUUUCGCAACUUGAGCGGCUCCGGAAAGCCCAUCAACAAGUUUGACCACAACCCAUAUGCUGACCCCAUGACCCACAACCUCAACCGGAUCCUCAUAGACAAUGGGUACCAGCCACCAUGGAUUGUCAUGCAGCGUGAUAUCCGUGAGACCACUGCGCAGCUCCGUGAGAGGCUGCUGAAAGGGAGGGCAAAGUCAGGUGAAUCUAUGACUUUGAGGGAGAACGCUCAAUGGCAGCAGCUUUGUGGAUCCAUAGGGGAGGAACUUGUGAAUCUAAAUAAAAUGGUGGACAACUUCAACCUUGUUGUUCCAAUGCUUUCCCGACAGAUGGUUCAUUUCAGUUUGGACCGUGAGAUUGCCAUUGCAGAGAAAGCGGCCUACCAGCACAGACAGGAGAGAGAGAUGGAAAGGGAAACUGAAAAAGAAAGGAGGAGGGAGGAGAGAAAGAAGAUUAAAGUGGGCACACAACAGACCACACAAGGUUUACUAUCAUGGAUGCAGAAUUUACUCAAAUGAAUAAUCAAUCAACAUCAAUACCAUUGAUACAUUGUGAUUUAGAAUACUUUAUUUUGAAUAGUGAUUUCAAAGUUUGGUGUAUGAACACAUUAAAAAAAUUCAAGGUAAUGUCUCAUCUGGUUGUUAAUUAAAAACAUUUUGUAGAGUGCUCCACCCUGCUGUUUAAAGAACGUCAUCAAAGUUGUUUGCAAACCAUUCUAUAUGCAAUACUGUGUCCUGACCCCAUGACAUAUUCAAAUAUUACCACAAUAAAUUUGGGUCAAAAGCAAAGCUAAUUUAAAAUAGUAAUUAUCUCAAAUCACACAAAUUGUGUGAUUCAACUGACUAUUCACUCAUAUAAGAUAAUCAAACUUCAAUUGUGAACUGUAAUAUUCAUAACCUAUUAAAACUAAUGGUAUUUAUCUUAUAAUAGAAUGCUAACAGUGUGAACUCUUAAAGUUAUAAAUGCAGAUUUAUUUUUUCUUCUGUUGGAUC